AUGAAAGUAAAAACUCAGGCGACCAGUUUUGCAGCCCCUUUCUUACAGCUUACAUUCGAUAGUUUUACGUUGGGUCGCUUCGUGUCCUUUACUUCCGAUGGUUGUCCGGACGGUGCCUUACAAAUAACCGAAUUAAAUCGGCCACACGUCGGGGGAUCCUGGUGUGGCACGUCUUGGUGUCCCGAAAUCUACUACAGCGAAACUAAAAGCGUAACGAUAACGGUUAGUCUACUCAGGCUGGCCAAGGAUCAGAACGGUUACAACUUCGACUUUCGGAUGGAGUACAAGCUAUUGCGAAAACAAUCGGCCACCGUUAGGUACGGUGGGGGCCAGCUCAUAGUGGACGUGAACACCACGGUACCGUCAGUGGUGGAGCCUGAAUCCGAGUACUACCUAGGCGAUUUGAUCGCGGGGACGUACUGCUCGAGAAUCUAUAGCGAUUGUGAUAGGAAGCGUUGUCGGCUACAGUCGCCUAAUUUUCCCGGGCUGUAUCCGCGUAACGUGACUUGCUACUACGCGGUGCGCCAACACGAAAUACCCGAAGGCAAGCACGCGCUUAUAACAGUCCGGCAGUCGAAAGGACAGCUAAUCUCGAUUCGUAGCCAGUCGGCGUUACACGGAACGGCAAGCACUAGAGAGCUGAAGGUGUGGAACGCGUGUGAUGAUGUCCAGGAUUACGUGACCGUGUAUGACGGUUACACGACGCGUGAUCCUAUCAUACUCAAGUUUUGUGGAGGAGGCGAAGCCGUUCCGGAGGCGGUGUCGAGCGGACACGAGUUACUAAUUGAAUUUUCCACUUCUCCAUUUGGAACGUUUUCGCAUCCCAUCCCCGUUCAGUCACUCCAUGGUUUUCAGCUGGAUGUGGAGGUAAAAUUCGUCGAUCAGCUUUCCCCAAUGUUCAUAAAGCACAAAAGGAACUGCGAGUUUUGGAUCAGGGGUACAGAUAAAGGUAUCUUGGAUAAUCCACUGCACUCACUCCCUGCCAACACCACGUGCUUGUACCACCUCCAAGGGAUCGACACGUCCGUAUCGCCUUCGCCGAUUCCCUUCCGGCCGAUAUCCAGGUACCCUGAGGGAAUUUGGAGACCGACCAGGCUACUGUUUCCACCGCCUCGGUACAGGGUAUGGCUAUCGGUUACCAAAUUCCACGUGGCGGGUUCGAAGGACUUGCAAAAACAAGACCAGGAAAUGUGCAGAAGUAGCUUGAAAGUUUGGGAUGGACAAGUAUGGACCGGAACUAAUUGCAACGACUUAUUCUGCAGCAAGGAUAAGUUGAAAAACGUCCCGAAAACGAGCAUGUCAGGGCCCUUAGGGCUCGGAAAAAACGUGACCCUUCUAGCGAGAUAUUGUCGAGAACAUAUAGCGAGAACGUGCGAUCAUUCCAUGUUAGCAAAUACCACCCGGUUUCCACGUCCGUGUUCAUUAAGCGAGAGUUUCCUAUCCUCCGGAGAUAGUCUCACGUUAGAAUUACAAGUGUCCGACUCGACGGCGUUGAGGCCGGUACAAUUUCGCGCCUUGUACGAGUUCGUCGAUUUGCAUCAAGACGGCGAGCCUUACGGAAUUGGAGCGUGUUCGAGGAAAUUUACUACUCCCCUACAAAAUACGCAGCAGAAGUUUCAGGCGCCACGCGAUAUAUUCCUUUACGGGCGAGGCGGAGCGAAAAAUUUAAGGUAUGUGUUUACGUAG